AUGGCAUGUGGUUUAGCAAUUUUAUGGCAUUCUCAGGUUCAUUUAGAAGUUAUCCGUUAUUCUUCACAUUUUAUUGAUAUGAAAAUUAGGGAAGCUCAAGGUUUUAUUUGGCGUCUCACUGGUUUUUAUGGUAUGCCGGAAAGAUCCCGUAGGCAAAUUUCAUGGAAUGUCCUUCGCUCCUUAGCUGGAUUGGAACAUCUUCCCUGGCUAAUUUGUGGCGAUUUUAAUGACCUCAUGUUUGCUGCAGAAAAGAAAGGGCGUCAUCCUCACCCUCCAUGCUUAUUACAGGGUUUCUCGGAUACUGUGGCUGAUUGUGGUCUAGUUGAUCUAGGAAUGACUGGGUACCCUUUUACUUGGGCUCAUGGUAGAGGUCAACACCGGGUGGAGGAAAGAUUAGACAGAGCUUUGGGAAACAUCACUUGGCAGAAUCAUUUUCCGAAUUAUCUAGUCCAGAACUUAGUCUCAAGCAGAUCUGAUCACUCUCCUCUUUUAAUUAUCACUUCUCCCAGAAUUGAAAAUCGGAGAACAUCAACGUUUUCCGGGAAGAUUAAAGUUUGUGGCGAACGCUUACAGAGCUGGGGUAGGAGAUUAAAGCUUCGGUUUCGGCAGGAUGCAAAGAAGUUGACAGUGCAGCUUGAGAAUCUUCGAAUCAGCGGUAAUAAUGAACAGUUUGAAGCUGUGCAACGUAUGCUUGAUGAUGUUCUGCACCGUGAAGAGGUCUUCUGGUCUCAAAGAGCAAAAUCCCAUUGGUUGCAAUCGGGGGAUAUAAACUCUAGGUAUUUCCAUGCAACUGCUAAAAAACGGAAAAAAUCGAAGCAGAUUUUUAGGUUGAAGGAUGCUAAUGGCGAGUGGAUAAGUGACAACAAUUUGCUGAAAGGUAUGGUGAGUGAUUAUUUUGUAAAUCUAUUUGAGGCAGGGGAUGUUGACUUACGUCCUGUUGUGGGUUUAUUCUCUCCUUUGGUUUCGGAUAAUGACAAUUCUCGUUUACUUGGAGGGAUAAUGACAAUUCUCGUUUACUUGGAGAUAUUUCGGUGGAUGAGGUUUUGGGAUGUUGUUGGUCACGAUGUUGUCACAAGUUUUCGAGACUGGUUCAAUACAGGCGUUUUUCCAAACAAUCUGAAUGAUACCUUAAUUGUGUUGAUUCCGAAAGUAGAGGACCCAGAGGCAGUGAAGGAUUUUCGACCUAUUUCACUUUGUAAUGUCGUUUACAAAGUGUUUGCUAAGGGCUUGGGUUUUAGCCAGCGUUGGGUUGACUUGAUCAUGCUGUGUGUUUCCUCAGUUAAGUACUGGAUAGGAGUGAAUGGGGAUGAGGUUGGCCCAAUUAUUCUAGAACGGGGGUUGAGACAAGGUUGUCCAUUAUCGCCCUAUUUAUUUAUUCUCUGUGCUGAAGGACUGUCAAAGCUGUUUUAUCAGUCUGAACGUGAAGGUCGCCUCAAAGGCUGUAGAGUCUCGAGAGCUGCUCCUCGGUUAUCUCACUUGUUAUUUGCGGAUGAUAGUUUGUUCUUUUUUGAGGCAUCACGGACUCAAGCUUUGGAGAUUAAAACUAUUCUAGUUACUUACGAAGCAGCUUCAGGUCAAGCGGUUAAUUGGCAAAAAUCUGGUAUUUUUUUCAGCUCUAACACUUCUGAGAUGGAUAAGACUGCUGUCCAAGGAGUUUUUGGUGUGAUUGCUCCUUUAAACCAUGGUAGGUAUCUUGGUCUACCAUCUUUAAUUGGUAGGGACAGGAGACAUAUUUUUUCUUUCUUGAAGGAUCGAGUGAGGAAGUUGGUCAGUGGUUGGAAUCAGAAACUCCUAUCCAAAGGGGGUAAAGAGGUACUAAUAAAGGCUGUAGCACAAGCUAUUCCCUCAUUCUGUAGUGGUUGGAAUCAGAAACUCCUAUCCAAAGGGGGUAAAGAGGUACUAAUAAAGGCUGUAGCACAAGCUAUUCCCUCAUUCUGUAUGAGUUCUUUCCUUCUACCAGUAUCCAUUUUAACGGAGCUUCAGCGGCUCAUGAAUUCCUAUUGGUGGGGAGGAAAGAUGAGAUGGUUGAGUUGGGAAAGGUUGUGUGUAGCGAAGGAAGAAGGAGGUUUGGGUUUUAGACAUUUGCGAAGUUUCAAUCUGGCCUUACUAGGAAAGCACUGCUGGAGGCUUUUACAUAAUACAAACUCUCUCUUUUAUAGCUCUUUCAAAUCUAAAUAUUUCCCUAGUGGGGAUUUUCUUGGUACAGGCGUUGGCCGUAAUCCAAGCUUUGUUUGGAGAGGGAUUUGUGCAGCCAAGGAUGCUAUAUGUUCAGGUUUUCGGUGGAGAAUCGGAGAUGGUCAAUCGGUUAACGUCUGGACCGAACCGUGGCUAUUGCGGGAUAAUCAGUUUCGGGUUCACUUGCCUAUUCUUCCUGUGCGUGCUUUGGAAUUUGCACGUGCUUGGAAUUUGCCACUGAUUCAUGGUCUUUUCAAUCCUUCCAUUGCUGACAUUAUUACUUCUAUUCCUUUAGCUACAAACGUUCAGGACGACAUCCUUAUAUGGCAUUGGACAGACUCUGGGAUAUACUCUGUGAAAUCUGGAUACAGAUUAGUAGCAUCUCAAUAUGUGGAUCCUGAAGCUGUUUGGCGGUCGAGUUUUUGGAAAAUUCUUUGGUCACUGAAAAUCCCGCCAAAAGUGAGGCAUUUUCUCUGGAGGUGUUGUCGAGACAUUCUGCCAGUUAAAGCAACUUUGGCAAGAAGGGGACUGGAACUUGAUAUAGGAUGCGAUUACUGUGGUAACACUGAAACGUUGGUCCAUACUCUUGUUGAGUGUCCACGAGUGAGCUUUUGUUGGCAGUUUUUUGGUAUUCAGCUUCCUACUGGGAAUAUUCCGACUUUCUUGCAACUGUUGGAGCAUUUACACAAGCUGUGGGAGAACGAAUUUUUUGAAAGUUUUGUUAUGGGACUAUGGAGUGUUUGGUCAAGCCGUAAUGAGCUGAAAUGGAACGUAAUGAGCUGA